AUGGGUCACCUCAUCCAAGAAAUUCUUGGUAACUUCGCGGCCACCACUGGAGAAAUUUUCGCUAAAAGUCAGUCGCGGAAUCAACCUUGUGGACCGCAUUCUGCGAUUCUACUUUUACUCGGUUGCCCUUCGAUCGUUCGGGUUGUUACGCGAAGUCAAGCUCUGCUCCUUCCCCCUCCUCUCGCGUUCGUCUGUUCGUUGGUCAUCUUCUCCGGCAGUUCGGCUCGUUUGUCAGUCAUCUUCGGCAGUUCGGCUUGUUCGAUCUUCUUCCUUUAUCUACUCGUCGAAACGAAGCCCUGUCCAUCGUCCUCCUUUUUCUUCCAUCCUCUCCCUCAAAGCUACGCAGCCCGUCAAAAAGUCGUUGUGUCAUAUGUGGAUCGAGCAUUUCAUGCCGGAAAAAGUGGACACAUUCGACCGUGGCGAUCGAAGAAGAUAGCAUUAGUCGCUGCAGCGGAAACAGUGCGCCUCUCGAGCUCUUUACAUUCACAGCUUCUUUCAUUGGCUCUUUUUGCCUCUUCGGAUGAAAAGGAGCAUGAGCUGACCCCUGAACUGAAGAGAGCUGUUGCAGACCUCCUAGUGGCAAAGGAAGAGGAGGAUCAGUUCUUAACUGAUCUGAACCAAGCUGUUGCAGAGAGUAUUCUCAGGGAUAAGCUGAGGGAGGGAGAUGAGGAAGCAAGCACUGCUGAAGCUGCAGAGCUAGAUAAGCUCAUUUGAAGUUUGGGCGAUUUAUCACUCAGGCCGUCAUCCAAAUGAAGUUCUCUCAAGUAAUCUCUGCUUCACAAGCUGUUAUGGUAUGACUUAUAUAUCAUAUAGGGACAGACGCUGGAGCGAAGCGGAAGAAUCUGUCCAAAUC